AUGCCGGGAGUGGUAGUUCACAAGGCCAGCUACGUCGACGCAAGAUGACGGGACACACGUUGUACGUUCAGGUCUGGUCGGAACCCCGCCGGAACCUCAGCGUUCCGCGAUGACAAGCUUGCCACACUGUGGUGGCCCUUAGGCAUGCGCGACAGUCAUUUGGUUCAACUAAGAACACAAACUGAAGCCCUCGGGUUUCUCACCGGUUUGCUCUGUCGCCGAGGCUCGGGCUGCUCGGGGACUGGCCUCCUUUAUCCGACUUAUCUCCACUCGGAAAGCUAAGGUAGGCCCCGGGCGCGGAGGAAGAGGGUCCUGUCCGAGAAGACUGAGGCACGCCUGCGCUGUCCCGCCGGCUAGGAAAGAAGUCCGCCCUCUGUGCGGCAGCUGCGUGGUCCGGACAGCCUGCGCCCGGUAAACUCCAGACCCAAGCUUACUGUUGGCAGAUCCCUGAGCAAACUGUGUGUGAGAUGGGACGGACAUCGAAGGACAAGCGGGAUGUCUACUACCGCCUGGCCAAGGAGAAUGGCUGGCGUGCCCGUAGUGCCUUCAAGCUGCUACAGCUCGACGAGGAAUUCCAACUCUUCAAAGGAGUUUCACGGGCAGUCGACCUGUGUGCAGCCCCCGGUAGCUGGAGCCAGGUGCUGAGCCAGAAAAUUGGGGGUCAGGGGUCUGGCCACGUGGUGGCUGUGGACCUUCAGGCUAUGGCUCCGCUACCAGGUGUGUUACAGAUCCAGGGGGACAUUACUCAGCUCUCCACGGCCAAGGAGAUCAUUCAGCACUUUGAGGGCUGCCCCGCGGACCUAGUGGUGUGUGACGGGGCUCCUGAUGUAACUGGCCUCCAUGAUGUUGAUGAGUAUAUGCAGGCCCAGCUCCUCCUAGCUGCUCUGAACAUUGCUACACAUGUCUUGAAGCCAGGGGGCUGCUUUGUGGCCAAGAUCUUCCGAGGUCGGGAUGUGACACUGAUCUACAGCCAACUCCGUGUCUUCUUCUCCAGCGUGCUCUGUGCCAAGCCCAGAAGCAGCCGGAACUCUAGUAUAGAGGCCUUUGCUGUGUGUCAGGGUUAUGACCCCCCUGCGGGCUUCCUGCCGGACCUGACUAAACCCCUCCUAGACCAUUCUUACGAUCCAGAUUUCAACCAAUUAGAUGGUCCUACUCGCAUCAUUGUGCCAUUUGUCACCUGUGGGGACCUGAGCUCCUAUGAUUCAGACCGCAGUUACCCACUGGACCUGGAGGACGGCUCAGAGUACAAGUACACUCCACCCACGCAGCCCCCCAUCUCCCCACCAUACCAGGAAGCCUGCACGUUGAAGAAGAAGGGGCGACUGGCUAAGGAGAUCCGCCCUCAGGACUGCCCCAUCAGCACAGUGGACACAGUGACCCAGUCUCUGACCUCCCCACCACGCCAUACCCUGCUGACCUCUGAGGUGGAAGACCAUGAAAUGAAUUGUUCACCUUAAUAUAUUACGCUAACCGACAAACUGAUACAACUCAGAAGCUGUUUACUUUCAGGAAAACCAGAACUUGCGUUGAUGAAGUUGUUUCCAAAUAUCUCAUCAAUGGGUCCUGAACAUACAAGCCCUGUGCGGGAACCUGCAACCACCACAGAAACAGCAAGGAAAGAAACCUUACCGAAUGAAUGUCUGCACAGCAGAGAGAAUUCUUGAGUGAUGCCUUCCUUGCCUCUUCUGCAAACCUUUCCAGGGGUGUCCUGAUUUUGUACAGAAUUUACCCCAAAAGCAGGGGUUUUUAACCUGGAUAAAAGUCAGGGUAUCCAUGAACUUGAUGGAGGAAAAUAUUACAUCUUUAUUUUCACUAAUAUAACUGAAAUUAGCUUUACUUCCAAAUAUGAAUGCUGGCAGCAAAUCACAGUAGUGAAAGCAAUGCCUGUGACCUUCCCACCAGUACAAGUCACAGUUACUUUUUAUGUUAGAUUACAGUUUUUGCAGGCAUCUUGAGAUAUUGUUCACAUUCAUCACUAUUUUGAGUCAUAGGAGAUCUUAUAAUUUGAUCAACUAAUUAAAAAGUAUAUUAUU